GCUAAGUGUUCUAAGUUGGACGGAGAAAUGGAAGUGCUGAGACGAGGCUGAAAUAGGACGGUUAAGAGAGAGAGUUUGGCGUUAGGAUAAGAACAUAGUUAAAGAGACAGACCUCAGAGAACGAAGAGACGGAAAAAGCGAAAGAAAGAGAGAGAAAGAGAGAGAGAGAGAGAGAGAGAAAAAAAAACCCUCUUGACUAACCCCGCCUUGUACCCGCACAGAGCCCCGCGGGUGUGUGGUGCCGCCCACACCACGUGGCACGCCUACCUGAUGGCACGAUGGGCGAGGCGCCACCCGCCCCUGCCGCCCGGCCCAACGCGGGCGUGGCGGGGGCGGGUGGCCCGGUUGGCGGCGGCGAUCGCGAUGCUGGUGGCCCUCGGGGUGCCAGCGAGUGCCAUCGUGCCGCAGUUCUACGAGGCGGACAAGAUGUCGGCGCUGAGGCUGCCGGCCGACACGCCGGUCGGGGAGAUCGUCUACCGCCUGAGGGCCUCCGACGCCGACAGGAACUACCCGCUCACCUUCUCCAUUGGGGGCAUAGACGGGACAUGCUCUCCGUGAGGUCCGACAAGGACGAGUUCGGAUACGUGUUCCUCCGUCAGCGGCUCAACGAGAGGAAGAAUUACUCGUUCGUGGUGACGGUUUCGGACACGGACGGGGACACCACUGAAGUCAUCUCGCGAAUCAUUCCGACGAGUGGGGGACCCGCUGUCGGACAUCUUCUCGACUUCUCCUC